UUUUUUUUUCCUUUUUCUUGGCAUAGACAAAAAAACAACAAAAAAAAACAACAAAAAAAAAAGAAAAGAAAAAUUAUGGACAAUGAAAGUUGCUCGAAACUGAAGAUGGACGAAUGUUGCCAUAAGUUGUGUGGAUCAAAAAAUAUGGAUUAUCAUCAGAUUCAUGAGGAAGGCGUAUUUCGAUUUGAUUGCUCAGUACACGGCAGAGUGUCGUCUUAUCCAAGCUUUUCUUUCCAAAAACAACUGAUUAGGGAUAGAACAAUCAAAUUCAAGGACUCCACCGCACUCCCCACCUACAUUCCCAAGAGCGAAUGUAGAGAGGGAAAACAGAUUGUUAAAAUCAAGCUUCCUCCAAACACGUCCUUCUAUGGAACUGGUGAAGUCAGUGGCCCACUCGAAAGAACUGGGAAGACAAUUGUUACUUGGAACACUGAUUCCUAUGGAUAUACCGAUAAAAAUAUUUCCUUGUAUCAAUCGCACCCAUGGGUUUUGGCUCUCCUUGAAAAUGGGAACGCGAUUGGGGUUCUUGCGGAUACAACAAGACUUUGUGAGGUUGAUCUGCAAGAGCCAUCGACCAUAAAAUUCGUGUCGGAAUUUCCAUAUCCUGUUAUCACUUUCGGCCCAUUUCCUUCGCCAUCUGCUGUUCUCGCGUCUUUCGCAAGAGCAACUGGAACAAUUUUUAUGCCCUCAAAGUGGGCUUUGGGGUAUCAUCAAUCUCGUUGGAGUUAUGAAUCUGCAGAAAGAGUUCUUGAGAUUGCAAAGACAUUCAGGGAGAAACACAUACCUUGCGACGCCAUAUGGAUGGACAUUGAUUACAUGGAUGGCUUUCGUUGUUUCACUUUCGACAAGAAGAGAUUCCCGGACCCGAAAGCACUUGCAGACACUCUUCAUGAAAAAGGGUUCAAAGCAAUAUGGAUACUCGACCCAGGGAUUAAAAAAGAUAAGGGCUAUUUUGUUUACGAUUCUGGUACGGAAGACUAUGUGUGGGUUCAAGCUGCAGAUGGAAAGCCUUUUGUUGGAAAGGUGUGGCCUGGAGAUAGUGUAUUUCCGGAUUUCACGCAAGCGAGAGUUCGUGAUUGGUGGGCAGAGCUUGUUAAAGAAUUCAUCCCUAAUGGUGUAGAUGGGUUGUGGAAUGAUAUGAAUGAACCUGCAGUAUGGAUAGAGCUAAUAUUUCUGAGACAGAAUGGAGAAAAAACAAUGCCCAGCGACAAUGUUCAUUGGGGAGAUAAACUUCAUGGAGGAGUUGAGAACCAUCCACACUAUCACAAUGUUUAUGGUAUGCUUAUGGCGAAAUCAUCACACAAAGGCAUGAAACUAGCCAACAAGAAUAAGCGCCCAUUUGUUCUUACUCGAGCUGGAUUUGUGGGUACCCAAAGAUAUGCUGCCACGUGGACAGGAGACAACAUUUCUGAUUGGGAGCACCUUAAAAUGAGUAUCCCCAUGGGGCUGAGUGGUCAGCCUUUCUCAGGGCCUGAUAUUGGUGGAUUUAUAGGCAAUGCUGAACCUGAACUUUUUGCAAGGUGGAUGGGCAUAGGCUCCAUGUUUCCUUUUUGCCGUGCACAUUCGAAUAAGAACACAAAAAAUCAUGAACCAUGGUCUUUUGGAAAAAGGGUUGAAGAAAUUUGCCGACUGGCAUUACGAAGGCGUUAUCGGAUUUUACCAUUGUUGUACACUCUGUUUUACGUGGCCCAUAAAAGGGGCAUUCCCGUGGCAACUCCUACGUUUUUUGCCGAUCCUAAGCUUACAUCCCAAGAAAACGCGUUUAUGCUGGGACCACUUCUCAUAUAUGCCAGCACUAACAAAGAGAACAAUGUUAAAGAAAUCCCUGUGUUGUUGCCUGCAGGCAGCAUUUGGCGUGAAUUUAAUUUCGAAGAUUAUCGUCCAGAAUUGCCGCUGUUAUUUUUAAAAGGUGGAUCGAUAAUUCCAGUGGCUCCUCCACACGAGUCUGUUGCUGACGCUAAACCUACUGAUGAUUUGACACUCAUUGUGUCCAUAGAUGAUGACCAAGGUAACGCUGAAGGGAUCCUUUUCGAAGAUGAUGGCGAUGGGUAUAAAUACACUAAAGGAGAGUAUCUACUGACGACUUAUGUGGCUACACAGGAGGGUUGUUUUGUUACCCUUAAGGUUUCGAAAACUGAAGGAUCUUGGCCGAGGCCCAAACGCCGCCUUCAUGUCCAAGUACUGCUUAACGACUGCAAACAGGCUGAGGCUUCGGGUAUUGAUGGAGAGGAAGUGAUAGUAGAGUUGCCUCUGGACCAAAGUGAGUCUGACCAAUCAGAGGACGAAAGUGAGUCUGACCAAUCAGAGGACGAAAGUGAGUCCGACCAAUUGGAUGAAGGUUGUGACAUUGGUGAGGAGAGCCCCAAGCCUGGAGAAUGCCAGCUCUGACCAUAAACUGGCUGUUUAUGCUCAUACUUAAUUUAUAAUAAUGAAAAAAACACAUAUUUUUAUAAUAAAAUAAAACCAUGUAUUAAACAAAAUUCAUGGUUGGGUGCCUCUAUAAGGCCUAAUCUGAAUUUGUUUCCUGGUUUGCCUAUUGUGUGCUGCCUAGACUUCAGUGAUGGAGAAAUCUCUGGGCACUGUGUGUGCUUGUAAUAAAUAAGUGUGUGGUGUGCUGUAUAAAACUCUGAUUUCUGGUAAUAUAUUAUGCCGUGAGGUUUGUGUGACUAAUGUGUACUCUGUGGAAGUUGUCUCCCUAUAUAAUUAAAAGUAUCCUUCUUCUAAGUAUUGAAUUGGAUGUCUAUAAAGGUUGGGAUAGAAUUGUGCAACUAUCAAAACUGUCAACUUAUGAUCAAAA